CUUCCGGAGCGCUGGUGGAGCGUGAUUGCUUUUCGGUGGAAGUUUCAGGUUGUAACUCAACAUCGACCGACUGCAACAACAUGGCUAAUAAGGUAAAACGUGACUCUUAUGCACCAUUGCUGCUAGAAGAUACGUUGGAGAAACUCACCUUGAAUCCAGUCGAACCAUCUGAAAAGGAAAUCCCCGAAAAACCAAAAAGGAAGCUCCGUGUGUCGAUAUCUGUGGCUGUCAGCCCUGGCGGUAAUGAAGGAACGGGGGAUGCGGAGUGCAGCCAGGGUCUGCCGACCGUCGGCUGUAUCACGAACUGCACGCCAGCCAAACCAGCUCGUUUUGUGGCAUGCUGUCCCUUGGAGGAACCUGUUAUCGGGAACGUGGACAACAUCGGCGAUGCAUUUGCGGCUGGCAUGCUGCGUGGCAAAGGGCUGCCUGAACAACAAAACUGCCCCGACGACAGUAGAUACCCGUACUCCGAAGGUGCUGAUGGGCUGCCACCUUACUGCAGGGGCUGUGACGAAGAGGACCUACAGGAUUGCAGCUUGGACCGGUGCUCACUUGCUGGUGAUACCAAUUCCGUGGACACCUUCACCGAUGACUGGACUGACUCAGUAUCCAGUCACAUAGCGUCAAGAUGCUUCGUAACUCGCCUGGUUCAUUGUUUUUGCUGCCUUAAACCUCAUGAUGACUAGAAUGGGAUCGACAAACAGCUUUAACAUCUGUGAAGGACCAACUGCCAGUGACAUCAACCAGAGAAUGAUGGUUUCAUCAAGUUCCAGUUCCACGGACUAAUUUUCUAACAUCACGGUGUUCGUUCUAAAGCAAUUCGACCUUUAAAAAGAAGUAGAUUUUGAAACCACAAACAAUAAAUUCCAAAUAACAGUGUGAAACAUUAUUAGAGUGUGUGGGGACUUUGUGUUGUAUGAAUUUUUCCAGAAAUGAGACUUGUGACAGACAGAUAUGUAAAGGCCUAUAAUUUGUUAAAAAAUAGUUUUUCUUCAAAAAAUUUCUAGAAAGACACAAGAACACGCUUUGAAGACUAGAUCACAUGCACAUUUGUGCAAAUAUUCAAUUAAUGAAUGCCUGUUUCAGUUAUCUAAAUGGUUGAAGCUAAAUGAUCAAGACGAAACAAACACUAGAGGAAGGUUUUUUGACAAUAGUUUCAUCUCAAUCUUCACAAUACAGUGAAGCAGUAAAGUAAGGUACAAAAUUUUUGACUAAUUUUUCUUAUUGUCGUAAUAUUCUAAUAAGAGCUUCAUGUGCUUUUAAUUGACCUUGGUUCAGAUUGUGAACAAAUAAUUUUAUGGAGGUAUCUAUGCAGUUACAAUUACAUGA